AUGCCCGCCGCCAUGGAUGUGGACGAGAAUGAGCCUGUGCUUUUAUUCCCUCCCGAGAUAUGGUCCCACAUCGCUCUGCACAUCGACUGGCGCGAAGACUUGAUCGCACUUGCACAAAGCUGCCACUAUCUUCACGACCUUAUUAUCCCGAAUCACUUGCAGUAUCAUGUUAUUCAGGCUCCUUUUCACAAUCUGUCUCUAUGGAAGCAUCUCAUCUCACAUCCGAAGUGCGCUGGGAAGGUCACUGUCCUCAUACUUUACGACGGCACCGUGAAGCGGCAUACGGAGAACUGGCGCGUGCCAUCUGUCGUGGCGAAAGACGACAUGUCGGGCCGUGUCGAAACCAAUGAACUGGGCAAUGCGAUCAUUGCAGCAUUUCAGGUCAUGCGCAACCUGCGCGAGUUCAAGCUCGAUGCUCCUUGUGAAGGCAACAACCCUCGCUCGUUCGAAAACGCACUAGACGCCCUACAUUUGGCCAUUUCCCACCUACCGAAGCCGAAGCUGACGAUCUCGGCUCCCUAUCGGUACCGCUUCCCGGCAUUGACAGAAGAAGAGGCGUCGAACAUCGAGGAAAUCGCGAGCGCUGAGGAUUUACGGGCGGCGGACUUGGUGCGGAGGAAUAUGUUCUGGAAGCUUGAUGAUAUUGUUCGGUUGGAUGUCUUGAAGUUUGAUGCGAUCUAUACGACGGACCCGAGGAAAACGCGCCGAGCGCUUGUGGCGGAUCUCUUUGUACCCAUGCUUGCGAAGUGCCAUGCCUUGGAGGAACUCAAACUGCGCACUAUACCCUCUUACUUGAGCGCUGGCCUCGCCAGCGUGCAUCUACCGUCCCUACGCUCACUAUACGUGACGGCACAGGAUACCCUUAAGGAAGCCGAGGAGCGCCACAUCCAGGACUUCCUACGCGCCCACACCAGCUUGACAACUCUCCAAUUCACGCUUCUAUCUCACGUCAGCUGGUCCAGUACUGUUGAUGGUCCCUUCCCUCUCCUACCCAAGAUUGAGCAUCUCCUCGACGCACCCGCCGCCUUCGUCAUUGCGAUCUUCAAGAACAGGCGGGAGGUUAGCUUCGUCCUAGCGACCUUGGGUGACUUCCACCUCUUGCAGAUUGUUAGCACCGCAGGCUUCAUUGUGCUAAGCCGGUAUGAACUCAAACGCCUCGGGCUCUCGCACGUCAUCAACUUGUCAACGCUACGACUCGCGAGCAGUAUCUUCCCGGCUUUCAACGAGCUACACCUACCGUCCUCCGGAAACCCUCGUCAUACCAUGUUCACGGGCUCGUCAAGACAUCUACAUGCGAAUCGGGGACAACCGCAGCACGAGCCCAAUCCCGCUUGGCCGCUGUGGUACCGCCAACUAUACGACAUCGAGGAGAUCCACGACUCUGUACCGAAUAUCUUCGAGAACCUCCGGGAGGUAUCGAACGUACGCACAACGGCGGGACUGGUGCCGGACUACACGGACUGGCUGCGUGGUGGCUCGGAGGAGCGCCCAUACCUGAAGGGAGUUGACCGGGCGAGCGUGGAGAACGCACUCCGCUCGAUCUCGAAGCGGUACCCGCGGUUGAGAGUGGUGAAUGGUUGGAGGAUUGAUUAG